AUGGUGUUUCCGGACUACUAUUUCUUUGCGGAAAGACGUUUGGUAAACCAUACCAUCGAAAAGAAACGUGUCAGUAACUUGGAUGACUGUGAGCUAAUGUGCUACCUGAACGACGACUGUGUCAGUCUUAACUUCAAAAAAGAUUCAGAGGAUAACAAACCAGGUCACACCUGUGAACUAAAUAACGCCACACAUAUGAAAUAUGACAGUGACUUGACAACUGAUGCCAAGUCUUAUUAUCGUGGCUCGAAGGUGAGUUACAAAUCGAUUUUUCGAAGUUUUCGUCUUGGAAUAACAUAAUAACAAUAGUUAACGUUUAUGCAAAAUUACGUGCACUCGAUCAUCCGUAUUUAGUUGCUUCUUCCAUUCAAUCCCUCCAUCCUCUUUCAUUAUUUUAUUUCAGUUUUUUCUUCUACUUUAGAACGCUUGUGACAAGAGUCCCUACUGCGAUAACAACGCAACUUGCCAGUCUGGGUUUACACUCAAGGGAUAUCGGUGCUUAUGUCCUCCGGGAUUCGAGGGAGAACAUUGCGAAAUGGGUAUGAGUCUAUGUCAGUCCUUAAAAUGACGCAUAUGAGAGAUUUUUUCUGAUUUUCAAUGCUGCCAUGACAACUGUCCUUUAGUUGGUGAAAGUGCCGUGAAUUUAUCUCAUUGUAUAUUGUGUUGAAUCUUUUCAAAAGAAAACGUCUUGCUAUGUUUUAUUUAGUGUGUGUAAUGUUUUCUUCGCUCGCUCGCUCGCUUAUACAUAUUUUCGUAUACUCUUUUUUCUAAUCUUGAACGUUCGACGCUUUUCCAUGGCAAGUAAGAUUAGUUCGUGUGCUUGUCGUAUGCUUCUAGUGGUUUGUAUGAUAAUUGCUUGUGAAAAAUAGUUUGAUUGAAAAGUCCUACCAGAGAACCACUUAGAACAAUAAAGCUGCAUAUAAGAUAUAUAUAUAUAUAUAGAAGCGAAGGAGUUACGUUUAAAAGAAGCGUUCUCUUCAAUUCUUACCGAGCGUGUGCAAGAGAUAAAAGCUUCUUUAACUUAAACCGUUGGAAAAAAUUCGUGGGUGGCACAGAAUUCUCUAGGGUUGUAGAAUUUUGUGAUGUUGCCCACUGAGAGACUUUUGACGGUAAAGUAGUAAUUGUUAGAUUUUAUGGGAGACUAAGGAAACCAAUGAUAGGACGCUCUGCUGGGGAAAAUUGUAGCCGUGUAACAACACAUUAUUCAUCAAAUAUCUUAUUUUGCACUGUGACGCAGCAUGCAUUUUUAGAGUACAAAAUGGAUCUCUAUAAUAGGUAAAAAAAGGAAUUGUUUCACUUAACAAUGACAACUUUGCUUCAUAAUUAGAUCCCGAAAUUAUUUAAUUGUCUUGCCAUUCAGAUGGGUAAAUGGCUGAUAUUUAUUACUUCCAGUUUUCGAGGGAACGUUCUGCUCAUUUCAUACUAAUCAUUGGUGUUAAAAGAUUACGAGUAUUACAUUUUGUGAUAUUCAGUUUCCUUUUUCUUCUAGUGGUAUUCGUUGUAGUUUAAUCUUGACUUACUAUGCUUGUUCUCUUUCAGACAUUGACGAAUGCAACGAGGUUCAUCAUACUAAAAUGAGAGAAUGCCAUCCGAAUGCUUCUUGCAUUAAUACUCAGGGCUCAUAUCACUGCUCUUGUAAUCCCACAUACCUUGGGAAUGGUUUUGAAUGCGAAGGUACGUCUUGUUUCUAAGCAAACUUAUUAACUCAAAGUUAAAGCAGUAUUGGAUUAAAUCUAACCUGUGGCUCCUCAGUUGGCCAUUGUCCUCUAACUCAAAUUUAGAUCGUGCUGAAUUAAUUUGGAUUUCCAUUAUGACUGUUUUGGCCUCGCUGAGUGAUGAUAUCCUACACAUGGACUACCUGAUCUUUUACUAUAGAUGCAUAGUCAAUGUUCUUGUACAUAACAAGCUCCACUACUGAUUGGCAAGCUGGCAGAGUUAUGAGACGUUGCAAAAAAUCUUAAAUCCUUUUAUUCUAAUGACUAAACUACUGGUGCAAUUAUUACUUGACUUUACAGCCGAUCCCUGCUAUCAUUAUAAAAACCUGAGUGAUGAAAUUGAAAAUUGAGAAAUCUUAGACAAGCUGCAGGAAUAUCAAUUAGCGUGAUAACUAGCAAAAGAUGACGAAUUCUGUUUUCAAAACGUUAGAAGCUGCAAUACAGGUCGCAGUUUGUUUAAAAAAUUAUAUGACGCUUCUGUUAGUGCUAAUGAUGUAUUCAAUCUGAUAGUUGCUUUAAAAACAAAGCAACACGAUUAUCUAAGGACUAGUGUGGGUAAAUACUAUUUAGUUUAAGGCAGUAAGGUAUGGUAUUAGAGUUUAACUCUUUUUCGCCGUUUCACUCUAUCAUGAAAGAGUUCCCAUGGUGAAGAGUUUUAAAAGAAAUAUAUUGCCCCUGUUCCAAUCCAAUGAAACCAAUAAUCACGACGUGGAAAGAAAUCCCAAAUGCCAGUGUCAAGUAUUUUGGGUUUCGGUUAGGGUACGGUUUAAGGUUUAGAAGUUGCACACGAUUCCCCAGUCAAGUAUUAUCUUCUAUGCACGAGAAGAAAUUUAAACGCGUAGCAAUUGAGAUAAACACUAUUUCUUCAGAAACCUACAGACAAAUUUAACGUAAAUCACAGAUUGUUUACUCGGUUGAAUAAUUUUGUUGGUUAGCUUUUUAAGCUGUGUAAAUAUGUAGAGAAGAAUAAUGAAAUAAAUUACAUGUUUUAGAGAAGUUGUACAACUCUUAAUAAACAUAUUUAUCUUAUCUGGGGUUUUUUCAACUGAUAUGUAACUAUUGAUAUAUAUGGUUGAUAUUUUUCACUAUUGACAUUCGUGAGUGAUAUUGGCUGUCAUGAUCGUAAACUAGAGUUAAUAGAGGAAUAGGAAGUUAUAAGUUGAUGAUACUGUGAUCACAUAGGAAUAACAUAUGUGGCUUCGCCUCCUAUAGAAGGCAGUAGCCACACAAAUGGCGAUUAGAAAUCACGAGUGGAAAGCGUGAUCACAGACUGGAUAUUAGAUGUGAUCACGGCCUAGGAAGCCUGUGAUGAUAGCGUGAAAAUAACAUAUGUGGCCUUUUUUUAAUCGUAAAACUAUUAACAAAAUAAAUUUGAAAGCUCUCUUAAUGAUGUAUUAGAUAAAUCAAUUGUCAGAUAUACUGUACGCAAAGAAAAAAAUCUCCUUACUAAAGCAUUCGUAAACUUGCUGUUUCCAGAGCUGAGAGACUUAUUAUUCAUUAUUAACUGAACCUUUGCCUACAUUUUAUAGCACCUUACAUUCCCAUCCAUCCCUCCAGGACGGCGAAGCGUUGAAACAGCUUUAUGUGCUAAAAAUGAUUGAUCUCAAAGCUAGCGGAAGUAAAUGCGUCCAACAAACAUUUCAAUUACGCUUUGCUGAAUUUCCGUAGCAGGACCGAAGACGUUUGGAGCCUACUAUGAAAAUCUUGAAAACAGUAGAACCAUUCUUCCGUUAUAUAAUCUCUUUUGAAAACAAUAUAGCUCAUGAGUUCGCGAGCUCAAACCGUAUUAGUAACCACAGCAACAACUUGGUACGGUACAUUAAAACGAAUCGGAGAGAGCUCGAUUCCUCUGGUGAGACACCCUGUAUGACUUUCCGUGACAAAAUUGAGUAUUAAAACUUAAAAGCUCUCGGGGAUAAUUAAAGCAAUUGGAUAACUUCUUCCUUUUUGAAAUAUUAUUAUAACUAGGCUAAUUUUUGUCAGGAAUAUUUGAUUUCUUCGCAUUUAAUUCUCGUUCGAAUUAUAGAAGUUACGUAAAAUUUUUCAACCAGAUAAGUAGUAUCAUUUUUCCUUGUGGCAAAAAUGUACACCUAGAAAAAAUUCUUGAAAGCCACCGUACUGGUAUGUAUUUUCCAAUGCUUGAUCCACUUUAGGGAUUUUUGAUAUAAACUAAUUUUGUAACAAAGAUUGCUUCCUACAUUUAUCUGUUUGUAUAAGCAAUAGACUGCACUUUCUAUCAGUUUACCAGCGUAAAAACCCAUGCAGGAUGUUGGGAGAACUUAAAAAAAUUGUGUAAAUCCCGAUGAUUUACAUAAUCUUUUCUCGUCUUUCCCUCCGUUCCCUCAUGUGAUUCCCCUAGAAUCUUCUCAUUCCCCCCCUUACCCUUGCAAGUGAUGAACAAUUAAUGGCCCUUAAUUCUUUAGAAAAUGUAGCAUAGCUCAACGAAAAGGCUUAUAACAGUGCUACCAUAAAUAUUUUGUGUGACAGUACGGCUGUUUGCCACGCGAGGACGUGAAUGCGAGCUUAGCCAGAACUAAUACUUUCCUAAACUGUACAGCUAAGUAAAGAUACCUAGGAGACAGUCAUGCAAGAAGAAAUUUCUAUCAUUUUAACUUACGUAUAGAAUGACAUUGCCCGCCAAUGCAUCGCCUGCAACUCCACUGGAACUGAUCUCAACAGGAGACUUCUAUGCUCGUCGCAAAUCAUACCUUUUUUAACUCGUGAAUUGCGCGCAUGCGCAAGAGCGAGUUAUAGAUACGAUGUGGGGAAUGCCAUUCGCUCGCUCGCUCGAUUGGUCGAUUCCUGCAAACUUUUUUUUAGAUUUUAGGCUUUUGAGCGUAUUUGAUAGUUUUUGGCGAGCAAUAAACAGACGAAAUGGCGAUCUUUGUUGCUAAGAAUAGUGGUGGAGUGAAAAAGAAGCCAAUUAUAAUCUUAAUUUUUUUUUUUUCGUUUUAGUUUCAACAAGCGGCGCCAGCGAUUGACAGGCAUGCAAGGAUUCACACUGAAAUAACAGAACAACCUUCGUUUUUUCAUAAAAUUGUAAUUUACAAUCCUUGAACUUGAAAACAAUCCGAAGAUUCAUUGAAAAUAUCACUUACUGCGAAGCGUUCGGAGUUUACAGAUGUUCAAAAGCUUUUUCUGUUAUGGCGUGAGAUUGAGGACAAAAUUGAUCAUUACGUUUCGUCGCGUGUGUUUUUCCUGUGUGAAGCAACAAAAGAUGCAGGCGACUGACAAAAUAACAAGUUAACACGAAAAUCAAAUAACACCUAAACAAACAAUUUUAGCUACCGAUUUUCAGUCAAUUUUUAAAGAACAAUUUUCUUUUAAGUUUCAAGACAAUUUGAAGAUUCAACAUACAUACAACGUACUAAAAUGCGAAAGUUACACACCACAAAAUUGAUAAAUAGGCCUGAAAUGAAUUCUAUCUUGUUAUUGAUUAUACGUUUCCUAGCAGGUGACUUAAAUCUACCCAGGUGGAGAUCCAAAAUGACGGUGGCAGGCUUGGCUUAGUUAUAUCACUCAAAACUCGUUCCCGUUUGUCUCAUUCGAUUAAUAGGGAAUCGUUAAUGUUUUCAUUAAGACAGUAUUGCCUUGAUUUUCUAAUAUUUACAACGAAAGACAGUAAAUUUCACUUUUCACCCACAUUUACUUCCAACCUUUUCUUUUGAACCAGAAACAAAAAUUAUAGACGUUUAAAACACAUGACAUCAUCCACCUUGUCAAAUGUAAUAGCAUGAUCAUUUCAAUUGUAAUGCCUUCUUAUCCCAACGUUACUUUGUUUCUUUGCUACAUUAGCGAACACUGAACUACUGCUCGUACUCUAGAUAUGACAAUCAACCACAAAAUUCCCUAAACCAGAUAACAUUAAACAUAGUCUAAAAAAUCAUGUGUCAAUUCACGAGUUUGCUCACAGAGCACGUUGAUUUUCUUUACUGAGUACGUUUUCUUCACAAUACUGACGUACGAUUGCAAUUAUUUUGAUUCCGUUAGAAUAGCAAACUAUCAUCUAAAUACCCUCCGCACUACUACUCAUAGUCCGCAAGACUUUUCUUGCACUCCUGAAUAUGUCAAGAAUGGUUAUCAUUAGUUUGCUAAAAUAUCAUCCGAAAACGAAAUGUACUGAACCAAAAAUUGUGAAACAGUUUUACACUACAAUAAAGUCGACUUCACAGGUAGUAAAAGCCUAAGUUGUUUAUAUGAAAAACAAAAUAAUACGUGGCUGCCGCAUGAAAUUUCUGCACUUGUGUUCAACUCGACCAAAGAAAUUCCACUAGUUCUAAUUAGAAGUGUAAAAUAUUCUCUUAUUAUUUUCCCCAUUAUCCAUUUUAUGAACAAAUUGUUAUCGUUUCAUUUCUCUUACAUUGAGGCCUAUAUAUUUUUCUUUGAUAAUGAAUUCUCUGUGAGUAUACUUUCAUAAAGCUGCCCGCCUUGACUAGCAUGGGUACCCAGGGGCCAGGAGAGAACUGCCACUUUCGUCUUCAAAAAAUGUUCCAUUGGUAGUCUUGUAGUUGCUUUGUCGUCGUCGUCGUUGUUGUUGUAAUUGUUUUUUAAGGAAAACAUCAAAAUAAAAUAAAUAGUCUUCGCACAACUCGUUCUGUAUCGUUUUCCUUCCCUUUUCCCUUUUUUACCUGUUCGAUUAUUUGUUUGCUAAAUUGAGGGUCACAAGUUUUUCAGCUCUCUGGCUAUUAAAGGAUCUUAGUCAACCACCAGACAUUGCGCGCUUAGUCCGCCAUUUUGUAUGCCAUUGUGAUUUAUCAUCUAAGUGCAUCCGAGCGAUUUGAAUACAUUUAGGUCUUUGAUUGCCUUCUGAAAUUAUCAGUGGAUUAUUCUGAGUGAUUAUUUUAGUGAUUUCUCGAAAUUUUCUUUAAAACAAAUUAUUUGAAACUGGUAGCAUCAAUGGCAUCUCGCGUUCUUUCACUUGAAAGCGCUAAACAACGGAGUAGACGAAAAACUUCAACCUGUGGAAUGACAAUGAGGAUUCUCUAGCAUUAGGGGUCCAACUAAUAGCCAAUUUGCAGAGACUUUGCUGCAUCAAAGCGUCGACAAGCUUCACGCGAGGUGCAGGUCACAAGAAGCAAGUAUCGAGUUAAGACUUGAGGUAAUCCUUUUUUUCCUCAGUUUACCUUUACCUCGUCAUUCUAAACUAGAAUGCUUACGGUGUUAUGUUCCCAAAAGGAUGAUAAAAUUGAACUCAAUUGUUAUUAAUUUAUGAUCUUCGAAUUAUGUAUAACUUACUGGUUUAAAAACAAACCAACAAAAAGUAAAAAAAAACAAAACAAAACAAAACAAAACAAAACAAAAAAAAACGGCAUAAAACCCACAAGAAGAGGAAUAGGAGGAGAGGAGAGGGGGUUGUUCGCAGUGAAAUAAUGAUGGGAAAAACUGUUGUUAUCCAUAGAAUUGUGUAAUUGAAAAAAAUCUCGCAUUCCGAUUGAUAAACGAAGCGAAGUAUUCAGUGUGGAAUUAUGAGUUGCAAACGAGGGUAAUUGUGAUAUUGUUUCGCAUCUACGUAAACACAACAACUAUCGUCAAAUUGUAACAAAUUUUUCUACAAUGUCACUUUGAAGUGUUUUUAAAAACCAGUGUCACCUUUUGAAGAGCCAAAAACGAACAAAAGCGUUUUUCAAAGUGAGCUAGAGGUUCUUCCCUGUUUUGAAAUGAACUAAAAAUUAUUUGAGAGGCAUAAAAAAACCUCUUUCACUCGUGACAACGAGGAAGCAAGAAAAUGGCAAGCAAAAGUUCAACCGAACAAGACGAAGAAGCGACAACGGAAGUAAUGCCGGGGUCGAUUGCCAUAUAUACAGAAGAAGAAAUAAAUACCUUUAAUCGCAAAAUGAAACUUUCAAUGCUUUCGCUUGAACACUUCAUGUAAAUUCAGCGAAAUACUUCUAUUGUCCUUAAGAUAGCUUGAAGCUUGUUUAGAAAGUUUGAAAACAAAUGUAAAACAAGCCCAUGGUACAAACUGAGUUGUCAAAGAUUCGAACGUGUAUGUCUGACCUUGCUUUCUAUUCGCUAACGCAAGGACAGUUCUGGCGGUUGACUUUGAAAUAAUAAUAUUCUGCAAUUCCUUGAUUUUUAAUUCUAUAUUCUUCAUAUGUUUGUACUUACUUGGUUUGAAGGCGCCACUGAAACACAUUUUACGAAAGAUGAAUCUUAACCGAUGGAAAAUAAGUCCACAUAACCUUUAUUCGAACAGAUUAGUCUAUACAUUAGUCUAUACAUUGUUGCAAAAAUUGCACGAUACAAUUUAUCACCUACCUAAGUAAAAUAUUCUCUAUGUUGCUGAAAACGCGAAUGAGACCAGUCAACAGUCAGAAGACAACUAUCUGAUAACAACUCGAAUAGUAUACAAGGCCUUGAGAGCGACGCUAACUUCGAGUCCCUUAGCUGAGAAAAAAUCCCAUUUCCCGAAAGCUGUCUUCGAAACAAUUUUACAUUUCUUUGCUAGAAAAUUUUCUUGAAUUUAUGUUCAGUUUAUGUACCAUUGCAAGUUAAAGAACAGAGACUCGAGGACUAAAAGUGUGGAUCACACAAUUUUUUCCAGCGUUUUAUUUCUUUAAAUUGAAGUUCGAAAUUGCCGUGCUCUUUUUUAGUGGCAUAUCACACUUAAUAAUAACUUAGCUUGGAAAUUCGAGCAACUAUCAUCGUAGAAUUAGGAAAGCUGGAAAAAAUAUGAGACGACUGAUUAAGUAAUUUGUGUCUCAUAGAAAUACAUUAACAUUCAGUUGUUUGACUUACGUUUUUAAUGCAUUUGCUUCCAUAGUUUGUUGAGAUCCGAGAAGUUUUGCCAAGAGAUUUGUUCUUAGAACUUUUUAUUCGAAAUUUAAUUUUUUUGCGACGGAAAAGUAUGCUCUAUAAUCAUAUUUCAAUUUAUCUAUUUUAGAGCGAGAGCGCAGGAUGGUGUUUCCGGACUACUACUUCUUUACUGAAAGACGUUUGGUAAAACAUACCAUUGAAAAGAAAGGCGUCAAUAACUUGGAUGACUGUAAGCUAAUGUGCUACCUGAACGACCACUGUGUUAGUUAGUGUUAACUUCGAAAAGGAUCCUGACAAUAAUGAACAAGUUCACAUCUGUGAACUAAAUAAGAUCACUCAUCUGAAAUACGACAGUGACUUGACAACUGAUGCCAAUUUUUAUUAUCGUGGGUCGAGGGUGAGUUAUAAAUCGAUUUUUCGAAAUUCUUGCCUUUCAUUAAUAUAAUAACGAUAAUUAAUGUUUGUGCAAAUUUCCGUGUAUUCGAUCAUUUGGUAUUUAGUUUCUUCUUUCAUUUCAAUUUUUCUUUUUCUUUAGAACGCCUGUGACAAGAGUCCCUUCUGCGAAAAUAACGCAACUUACCAGUCUGGAUUUACGCUCAAGGGAUAUCUAUGCUUGUGUCCUCCUAGAUUCGAACGAGAACAUUGUGAAAAGGGUACGAGUCUAAGUCAACACUUGCAAUGAACGUAUAUGAGAUUUUUCCUGAUUUUCAAUGCUGGUAUGACAACUGUUCUUCAGUUGCUGAAAGUGGCGUGAAUUUCUCUCAUUGUAUAAGGUACUGAAUCUUGGAAUCUUAGAAAAAUUUCUUGCUAUAUUUUAUUGAGCCUGUAUAAUGUAUUCUUCGUUCGCUUGUUUGUAUAUUUUCGUUAUGUUUUGGUUUUUUUGUUUUGUUUUUUGUUUUGUUUUUUUGUAUUUGUUUAAUUUUUUUGUUUUAUUUUUUAUUUACCUUGAAUGUUCGACGCCUUUCCAUGGCAAAAUAAGAGCAGUUCAUAUGUAUGUCGAAUGCUUAAUAUAGUAACCGCAAGGAGAGGUCAGAAAUGAUAGCUUAAUUGAAAGUUACCACCAGAGAACCACUUAAAGCAAGAAGCUACAAAUAAAUUGAGGCUUUUGCGAAUUGCUGAGUUCCUAUGGCUCUUUGAUAGAAACCAAAAUGCUUAUGUCUUUAGUUGAUAUUUAUUCAUGUAUUUCUUUUUUGUCGUUCUUUCUUUCUAAUUUUUAUGACAGAUACUGAUAAACACGAAGCAUUUAUUGGCAAAUGCCACAAGGAGGCUUCGUGUAACAACACACACGGAUUAUACGUGUGCAUAUGCAAAUCUGGAUUUAUCGGAGAUGGGAAUAACUGUACAGGUAACUGUCAAUAGUCUCAAAAGCCUUUAGAUUCUUGUUAAAUAGUGCAAUGAGAUUUUGUUUGUUUGGUUUUUUGUUGACGUUUAUUUUGAUAACGUGGCAAGCCAUGUUUUAAUUUUUCAAAAUAGGUGAGACAGUUACCUGACUUAAAGUUAUUUAGAGGUUUUUGCAUAGACAAGUUUUUUUCAUCAGGUACGACAAUCUCGCGUUCUCGCAAUCCAGCAAAAGGUUAAAAACAACCAUGGCUUGCACUCUUUAACACAGUAAUGGCUUAUGCACGGCAAUUUUUGCAUAAUAUUGAAAUCCCAUUUUUUCAUCUGUGAUUUCAUAGACAUUGACGAGUGUAAAGGGAACCACUCUUGUCAUGAGGAUGCAAACUGCACCAACACCAAUGGAUCACAUGAAUGCGAUUGUCAACCUGGAUAUACUGGAAAUGGACAAAAUUGCACAGGUGAA